GCCAUGUAAACAAAACCAAAGCAUGGGUUGCUGUCAUACCUGGUUCAUUGACUGCUUACAAGAAAACUAAUAUGUAAUUUGGGUGAACUAUAAAAAAUAGUCACCUAAUUUCAGGAUCAACACAAUCUAGUGGUCAGUACCUGGUAAUAUCAGUAUGAGUCAUAAACCCAACAACUUCAAUUACUAAUUUCUCUGAACAGUGGUAAAAAUCAUUACAAAAUUACAAAAGCCAGCCACACCAAUGUGUCGGAGGAAACACCGUCCAGCUGGCAACCGAAGUCAGCUUGCUGGCGCCUGGUCCUCCACAAGGAGUGCGAUGGGACAAGGAAAUUCCGUCUGGCCAAACCCUCCCGAACCCAGACGACACUGGGCCAAUUGUGCACUACCUUAUGGAUCUCCCGGUCACAGCCGGCUGUGACACAGCCUGGGAUUGAACCCGGUUCUGGAGUGACACCCCAAGCACUGCAAUGCCUUAGACCGCUGCGCCACUCGGGAGGCCGUACAAAUCCUCUUUAACAUCAUUCUUAGAAUUAAAUAUGAGCUUACAUUGUCUACUAAUCUAGUUAAGCCCAUUCAUUUGUGUCCCAGUCCAAAUAAUGACAGCUGGAUCACAAAGACAGCUGGAUCUUGGAUUCCUCUUACAGCUUACAGGAUAUCUUGACUAAACAAGUUAUUCUUGAAUUUCGCCCUAAAAUUAUUCACAUUAUUCACAAGUUUCUAUAGGAGCUGAUCUUAUUGGCUGUUUUUACACAUAUUCACCAGAUGGCAGCACACUCCCAUCUGAGCGGUUUAAAUUACAGGAAGACUGUUUGGAUCAUACAAGAGACGCUGCCAGCAUUGCCCACUCGACACAUUUCCUCCGCCUGUGCAGGCAUUCUAAUAGGGACUUAAAAGGACCCUGGUCUUUGAUACAACGAGAGGCACAAGAUAACAGCCAUUGGGGAGAUUUGCUGACUCAUUGAGAUACCUUAAAAGUGAAGCAUGUAAUCCACAAAGCCAGUCAGAUCCAAUUUAAAUAAGCUAAAUGUGACUUUCAAUGGAAACACAUACUCAUAAGCCAAUUGUUCUGAGAAAUCCAAAGACCGUCUAGGUGUUGGAAUUGAGACAAUAGAAAAUGGUGAAGUAGCCUCCUUGAGUAGUCGUCCUCUUUCUUCUUUUAGAACAUUGCAGCAUGAAUCUUAACUCCUAAAAGAUUCUGGUUACCAAAAUACUCCUCAUAUGAUGUAAGACUAAUGCUGUGUUAUUUCCAUUUACUCAAGAGAACACAAACAAAUGAUUUCUAACAUAACUAAUGGGGGUUCUAAACAUCUAAUUGCUUUAGUUAGGUUCUCGAUUUAAUAAUAAUAAUAUACCACAUCAAAAAUAUUACUUGAAAGAUGACCUAACAUAAGUUUUAUAGUUACACGUUAUUGUGCUGCAUGAGAUUGAAGAGCAUACUGGAGAUUAUAUGUGGAUUUUAAAUGCUCAAAGGAAGCUCUCAAAAUUUGUCGAAGACAUUUUCAAAGUUAAACUCUGCUAUUUGCUAGUAGACAGACAAGAAUAUCAAAAUCUGCCUCUGUCUGAAGUAAACAUGUCUGAAUGUCCCUUUUCCAGGAGUUUGGCCGGAGCUACAAUCUGUCCCCACCCGCCGCCAAAGCACCAUCGCUGGGCCUCCGGUCAUCGUCUGGAUCCCCCUUUCCCUCAUACAAACCCCUGGUACAGGCCUCGUUUGCUCAGGCCCCCCCGGGGAGGCAGACGUCAUGGCUGGACAGGAGUCACAAGCCUCCUUCCCCCUGGGAGGCCGCAGCUCACCACCCCAUGGGCCUGGUUGACGAGGCCUUCGCCUUUCAGAACCUCCAGCAGGCCAUCGCCUUCAACGUUCGCUCGGCUGCACAGCGCAAGCUCCUCCCUGAGCCCCCUGCCGAGUGGAAGGCUAGGGUGUCUGGCGACCCUCCCAGGAAGACUGAGGUAUGGAACCCGAACCAAAGAUGGAACAAGAGACAGAGCUGGGGUCAGAGCCAGGGUCAGAGCCAGGGUCAGAACCAGGAUCAGAGUCGGGGUUACAGCAGAGUUAUGCCUCCGUUCCUGUCCCCGACCAAGAGCAUAGCCUCAGCCCCCGCUGGUCCGACUGGCUACAGGUCCCUGCCCAGACAGUGGCAGCCACAGAGGUCCCUGACCGAGACCAACAUCGGGCCCUCUGGGGCUAUUCAUGGGUACGGAAGGCCCCUCGGGGACCAGCAGCAGCCGAGCUACAGAUCUGUGUACCACACUAACUGGAGCUGGAGACGCUAGAGGCAGACAAACAUGAUGGUUACUUCAUAACAAGACCAAAAAGUAACUCCAGGAUAUUCAGAUGAAGCUGAGGCUUUCAUUUCGUCCAACACUGUGAGGCGAUAGUGGCAUUCAAAGUAAGUGAAACCAAUAGUAUUUCUUAAGAGGACGUAAUGGGCAUAAAGUAUGUUGUAAGGCAGAAUGUGUAAUUGGCAUGUAUAAAAAUGAAAGGAUAGGAGUAAUGAAUGGACAGGUACACUGAACAAAAUAUAAACGCAACAUGUGAAGUGUUGGUUCCAUGUUUAAUGAGCUGAAAUAAAAUAACCCAGAAAUGUUUCAUAUGCACAAAAAUAUUAUUUAUCUCAAAUUUUAGU